ACUGUUGGCGCUAUAGUUGCGACUUGCGUUACUAUUCAAUAGACAGGUCUCCUGAUGUCUUUGAAAUCUCUUGUUUCUCCUUAUUUAAGUGAACCAUAUCAUAAACAUAAAAAUAACCUCUGUAGAACUUAAUGUUGGUUGGCUAAUUUUGGUAGUUUUUGAGACCUUAAUAUUCGGUCACAGUUUCUGUUCCCAAACUUACAUAAUUAGACCUUUAUAAAGUUAGUGUCUACCUUAUAAAAUAUUGGCCUGAAAUUAACAAGAUCUGAACACUUUGGAUAUGCAUUUUGGCGACCUGGUUGUGAACUUGUUUGCCAUUUUAAAUUCGAUUAUUCCUGGGUCACUAUUCUCUUUGGUUAUAGGCAAAUCACAACCUGUUUUAUCAACAGUUGCUUUGAUAGUCAUUAAAGUCUCAGAUAUCGUUCCAAACCGUCAGCACAGGAAGUUAGGUGGUUAGGUGACACUGAGUUUCCAUAUUACCAUACUCAGACCGCUAAUAAGCCUUUAGAAAUGAAUUCAUGUUGAAAGUUUUGGAAUUUUUCGCUACUCAAAAGUACCUAAUGACAGACACAAAACUAGUAAAAUCUCUAAAAGGUCAGUGCAAGACUUCUUGGUCCUUAAAAUCUCUAAUAGAUAUUUUUGUACUAUACUUUUGUGUUGUGUUACAGCUUGUUUUAGCUGUUCCUUCACUACAUAAAGGAAAUUGUCGUUUAAGUUCUGAAGGUAGGGGUUCCAGAUAAUAUACAUCGAUUGUCUACAGAUGGGGUUGGUUCUUUGUGGCGAACUCUAUUCAUUGUCAGCCUACUCCUCAAUUUUAGUUCCCUACCACAUUACUGGUUUCGGGCUUACUAACUUUCUUUAUUUCUAAAAAGCAAGAGAAAGGAGGUCAUGUGGAGCUAACUAUCAAGUUAUUUGAAUGUAAUAAUCGAACCACUCCAGGCUCUCAAUCGUGAUAGGGAAAUUCGAUUUCAUCCAACUACAAGAUUUAAAAUUCUUGGUGCCUUUUACGCACCGUCCUUUAAAAUUUUUCCAGUAGUUGGCCACCUCCACUUUUACAAGUGCUAGCGGCUUGUUUGCAGUACUUUACCCCUUGACAGCGUCGUGUUUUCACAUAUAAAUCGCUUAAUAUUAUUCACCUCAAUUGAUAACCCAUGGGUUACUGUGGUUUAUCUCAAUGAGUGGUAAAACAUCUACCAGUAUGUAUUUGUCCCCGUCUUGGUCAACAAUCUACAUCGUGACGGAUCAUAGGGGUUGUUUGACGUUUGGCAAAUGAAUUAUUCCACUAUUUCAUCCAGGUCAUUAUGAAGCUCUUUGAUAUUCCCAUCAUUUCGUGUCACUUUCGAAUGCCACCAUAUUCCAUAUAUAUCGUAAAAAGUUAUAGUAUUAUUAAUAUCUACUACAGCCCGUCAACAUGUUCCUAAUGUUAAGAUUAUAUCAAACCGAGCAGCAGUGGUACUGAAUGAAUCAUGUGGAAAUAGAUUUGUUUACGUGUUGUAUGUGGGUUGAACAGAAUAAUUUUUUCAGAACGGGUUUUUUGAUCCAUAAGGGAUAAGUUAGAGUUUCUCACAACUAGAAUCGUUACUAUCAGACGAUCAUUGAGAACUUUAUUCGCCUCAUUACUUGAAGAUGUAAAUAGUUAAGCCAACAAACAGUUUAGAUUGUAAGCGAUAUGUGCUUGGUUAGUGUGUCGAUUUCAUAAGACAGUCACUCGUUAAGACUUAAGUACGGGUGAUUUCUAAUAAAAAUGACCUGCCACCAACCUACAUGCUCUAGAGCUUCAUCGAAAUUCACUAUCAUAAAUUUCUUGAAAUCUAGUUCAUUAUCACAUGAAGAUAGUCAACUAAGAGUUCACCACACCAAUUAUCUUAUAUAUGUGAGUUGAUUAAAUAAUUGAACUCUAAUUGUUUAUUUAACGAACUUGUAGUAUAAGACCAAAAAUGGACUUAAGUGACUGGGAUGGUUGUUUUCCGAAGUGUAGCCACUUACGAACCUGUUAUUUCAAUGAAUUUCUUGCCUGAUUCAGUGGUUUAACAUUUACGUACCAACCUUCUUUUACUCCUUUUACCUGUCGUGGAGAAGCAUAGGCCGCCGACCCGAAUUCUCCAACCCAUUUUUUCCUGGGCUCUCCUUUCCAGCUGUUGCUAAGUGUGACUCAUUCUUUUGAUAUCUGCCUCCAAUUUCUGGCUCAAUGUGUUUUUUAGCGUGCUUCUUUUUCCUUUGGCUUAAAGAUUGCAAGGUAGGACUGGCUUUGUGAUGGAGUUUGAUGAUUUCCGCAAUGUUUGUCCUAUCCAUUUCAGGUGUCUUUUCCUAAUUUUGUGUUCAGAUGGAAGCUGGCUUGUUCUCUGCCACAGUAGAUUGUUGUUGGUGUUAUAUUCGGCCAUCGAAUCCGAAGUAUCUUGCGUACACAAUUAUUUAUAAAUACAUGUACAUUUUUGGUGAUGGUUGUAGCUCCAUACGGUAGAGCUGUUUUGACGCCACCAGUUUAAUAGCAUGCGUAUAUGUAGUUAAGAGAAUAAACAAGGUAAUUUGUGUACUUAUGCAUACUAGGGUCUUAGUGGUUUUUGGAACUGAAAUUUGGAUGAAACAUUUAUAUAUUGAAUGCAACUGUGUUGUUGACAUAUGUACCGUUGAAAUAUAUCUUUUAAGAAAUAUGAUCUUUGCAGUAAUGUCAAUUUAGUUAUUUUUUCAGGAUCCAAUAUGUGCAGUAAUAUUUCUUAAUAAUCCUAUCACUAUAUGUUGAAUUUGUUGACAGUGUACUUUUUCUAGGCUAUGAUUAGUCAGUUUGACGAUUGCCAAGUGAUUUAGUUUCCUUAAAGAAGUUGCUAGUGGGUAAUCGUGACGAAAGCUACUACGUUAGUAUUCUGUGGAUUUCUAUUAAAAGGAUUAAAACUUAAGCUAAGGAUUACAGUUACUGUUUUAGAGUAAAUGGUGAAUUUUUCUCUAAAUCUAUUACAAGCUUUUAAAUUCACUGAUAUUGAUAUUCCCUAAUCCAAUGUCUAUGAGAAAAUUUACGUGGGUACCUUCACGCUAAUCACAGUAUUAUCCAUUAAUUUUUUUUAUCAGAAUUCCAUAGGUGUUUCUACUGUAUAUUAUUGAAACUAUUCAUAUUUGAUGGUACUCUAUAGAUCCAGUUUUAUUUCAAGGUAUAUGUAUAGCACUCAAUAUACUUUGAAAAUAUAGAAGUAACUACCAACCUAAUGUACAUUUUCGUCUCUAUAGUAUGCACUUCCAGUUUCAUCACUUUAUUUCAUGCUAUUUCAUCACUCUUAUAUGCUUCAUUGAUGUACCUUAGCCUUUUCAAGAGAUACGUUUUCGCUCGGUUUUGUAAAGAUUUGGUAUAUUGUUUUCGUUUUAGCGUUAGAUCUAAUCCCCGUAGACAUUCAAAUGGAAUGCUUCGGGUCUGUCUAUCAUAUCUGUUCAUAAAUGGGAUCAAGCUUUUCGAGUCUGAACAAGUCUUGGGGAUGCACAAGUCUUGGAACUUCUGGUAACAGAAGUAAUCGAAAGGAAUUGAGUGGAUUUUGCCAUUGUCCUAAAAAUUGUCCAUCUAGCUAUGUGUUACCUAGCGCUUUACAAACGAAAACUAAUCCACUGCCAAUUGAUGAAUUAUCGACUUCUAUCGUAACAAGCCCAACUGUGAUUAGUACAUACAGUUGUACAUGUAAAAACUCUUUAGCACAUCAAAUAAACUUUGAUACACGUGCUUCUAAUGUAGACAGUAGUUAUCAGUUAUGUGGUGUUAAUUCUGAAGCAUUUAUACCUACAGAUUCAAAUAUUUCCAUCAGAGUUUCGAUCCCACAUUCUGAUUUUAAUCAAGAACAACUCUACAACGGUCAAACACAAUGUAUUGGUAGUGUUGAAAAGUCCGUUGACAUUGAUACAAUUAAAAAAGACUGUAUAUUUACAGAUCCUUUAAUAUUGACUGAUUGUGCAAUUGAGCAAUUCCGAAACCUUAUAUCUUCUUGGUCAUGUAAUGAUUUAUGUUGUCUUUACUUGGAAUAUGAAGCAGUAUAUGAGCUCCAACUUUUAUGGAAAGAAGCAAUUAAAACUCGAUUGAGAGCUCCUACUCUUAAGGAUGAUCUCUGGUCUUUAGCUCAACAUGGUUGGUGUUCUAAUACGUACCUUAUUCGCAAUGGCUCUACUCAUGAGGCUCAUUCGUAUUUACUAGCCUCACGGUUAAGGAAUUUCGAUGAAUUGCUUACUUCAUUGAAUCGUGGGAAAUUUCAUAGAUUUCCAAACAAGUCGACAACUGAUCAUACUAAUAUAAUGAGUAUCACUUCUACCAGUACCAUCACUAAUACCAGUACUACUAUUCUGACUAAUAAAGCUUCAAUUAAUUCACUUCCUACAUCCGACAGACUUGUUGAUCAGUCAUCCGAUUUUCAUUCUGAAAAAUGUCCUGAUUUACUAUCCAGUUCACGUUUAAAACUACAAGAUACUUCAUAUAAAAUGAAUACUGAAACUCAUCAACAACAACAUCAUCAUGAUCCGAUAAAAUUACCUAGUGUUAGUAUUCUCGAUCCUAAUAAUUUAAAAAUUAACCCUCAUGAUGUAUCGAAUUCAUCUAAAAUGUUUCUAACCAAUUUUCUAUGUCAAUUAUACGCGGGAAAUGAUCCACAACAAUUACUUUCUAAACCGGAUCUAUUGUACCAACCAGAAAUUAAUGAUAAAACAAAAAAUACAUAUAAUACUAGUAGUAAUUUAUCGAAAUUAUAUAAUUUUCUAAAAUAUUCACAUCAACAUAAAUGCUUACUCUCUAACGACUGUGAAUUAAUCUUCACAUGUCCACCUAUACCCAAUUUAAAAUCGAUUACAUUGCCAUGUCAUGCAGGCAUAUUAGCUUGUCGUUCACAAUUUCUACGUCGUAUUUUAUUAAAGCGUUGUAAAUCCAACACUCUCACUGUCGCUACUAAUACUACUAUUACCACUACGAGUAAUACUCAAAAUUCUACACAUAAAAUAAUUUUAGAUGGUAAAAUAAUACCAGGACAUUUUGCUACUGUGAUUUUACACUUUUUCUACUGUGAUUAUCUUAAUUUAAAUGAAAUAUCAAAUUUAUUAUUAGUUUUUAAUCAACAGACAUUAUUAAAUAAAUUACAUUUUAAUUGGCACACUGAACAUAGUCAGUUGAAUAAAACUACUACUAAUAAUAAUAAUAAUUAUAAUGACAAUUAUAUGUGUUGUAAGUCAUUUGUUGAAGAGGAUCACUCAUCGUCAACAUCAACAACAAUACCAGCAUCCAAAUGUACACAUGCAUAUUCUUCAAGUCAUUGUACAGCAUCUGAUUCAGGAUCAUUUUUCACAUCAAUUCAGUUUUUAAUGAAUACCUCCGAAUUUAAUGUGAAACAAUUUUGUCUAAGAUGUCCAUUUUGUCUAACACAUCUAAUUCAACUUUAUCCGGUUGGAGCGAUUUUAGAAUUUCAUAAACUUUCAGAAGUAUGUGAAGAUUUGUUAGCAGAAGCUCUGAGUUUACCAUCAAUUGGUUUUGAAAACUGUGAAAACAAUACCUGGAAAAGUUUGUCUACUACUACAAAGAGACAACAAGAUAUUUCUUCUUCUGUGAAAAUGAGUUCAAUUAGUUUAGCUGUUGGUUUACUAAGAUGGAUCAAUGAAAAAUCACCAUUUACAUCAUCGUCUUUGCCGGAACCAUUUUUGAAUACUCAAUUUUCACGACGUAAUAAUAAUACUUCAUGCUCUCCAACCGUUAGUCAGCAAUCAAAACCCAACGAAGAUUCUUCAUCUCCUUUGGAUAAUCAAUACAUUUUCAAAUCGAAUGAUAAUAAUUCUCAUGUUUCUUCUCCUUAUAAUGGGACAUCUCUUGGUUUUGUAUAUCGUCAUGCUAUACAAUGUUUACGGCAAAAUUUCACUUCAUUAGUUCGUUCACCAUCUAUUUUACAGCGGCUAUCACCUCAACAGCUUUAUGAAUUGCUCGAUUCUAGUCUUGUUCAAGCACCUGAAUCUGAAAUCCUAGCUGGUCUAUUAUGUUGGGGUGAACUUCAACUCAAACUAAAACAAAAAAAUACAUGUUCCGGCGUUCAAUCUUCAAAUGUAUACCCUAGUAGAGAUAAUGAAACGAAUAUUCAACCAGAUAAAAUAUUAGAUAAUGUAUCUAUUGAAUAUCAGUCAAUUUUGACAUCAAUUAUUGAUAAUCCAUCUGUUAUAAACUGUAGUCUAUCCGGUAAUGAUACAUCAUCAUCAAUAACAGUUACUGAAGAAAAUGAUCUUUCCUAUUUUAAUCAUUGGUUAUUACUAUGCAGUGGUUGGAAUAAUGUAGAAAACAGUAUGAAAAGGCCAACAUCAAAUAUUGAUUGUGCAUUACGUUUACCAUCUUGUCAUUUAUGUCAUGGUACUUCUACUUCUACCACUACUACUACUAAUAAUACUACCAUGAAUAAUAAUGCUAACAAUAAGUCUGUUUCAAGUGAAUCUUUUAUUCUCAAUCAUAAUCUUGAUAAAAUGAUAACAUAUACACAAUUAAUUGACUUAGUAUCAAUUGUAAAUUUAUUAAAUGAAUACAAUUUAUUGGAUUGUAUUCGACCAGCUCAUCUACUUAGUCCUAUGCCUAACGAAUUAGCAAGUGUUCUAUUACGUUAUUACUGUGAUAACUACCAACAUCUUAAUGCACAUAAUUCACCUACUGUUGUUUUAAAUUCCGUGAAAACUCUUCAUAAUUUUGGCUGUUGUCAGAAUAAAGAUUUCUUCAAUUCACCAUGGAAUUCACUUAUUCACUUGAUAAAGUCUUCCCAAUCUAUUUGUUCAGAGAGACAAUUCACUUUUGAAAAAGUUUUAUCCAAUCCUUGGAGUAGUCUAUCACCUGCACAAUUCUCAGAAAAAUACCAUUGGGCUAGCCUUUUAUUCACUGAUGAUAAUGAUGGUCUAUCAGCCGGUCAUAAACUUAAUUCCACUAAUAUUAAUAUUGAUGAUGACUGCGUUUGUUGUUGGAAUAAACAACAUCUUAUAGAGAAUUCAUCAUUGAUCACCGCCACUGGGGCUUCUGUUGUUCGGAAAUCAUUAUCGGAUAAUUCUAAUGUAUGGUUAAAUUAUACAAAUCGAAUGAAAUCACAGUUGAAAUUUCUGCAUCUUCCACCUAGAUUAUAUUAUCCAUUUUUAAAUGAAGUUCGAAUGCUUUUUAUUCAGAAGCAUGCUGUACAUCAUCAAAGGUUACAUAUAAUGAACAAUAAUAAUAAUAAUGUUGAUAAUUUCCAUUCACAAUCUCAAUCUUCCGAGUGUACAUGUUGGGAGUUUUUAUUAUCGCGUAAAUUUGAUCAAUCAUGUAAUUUAACAAAUUUCUCACCGAAUACAACUAAACGCAUUCAUCAAUCAUCUUUCAAUAAAUAUCAUAACAAAUCUUUUAAUUUAAAUCAUCAACAGACAUAUACUACUGAUAUCACUAGAGAUUAUUCACAAGAUUUCUCAUCAGAAUGUGAUUUAAGCUUUCCAGAUUUGGCUAAAAAACGUUUCGGUUCAAAAUCAAUUGAAAAUAAUGAUCAUAAUAAUGUUAAUAGUCACUUUUUCAUGAAUAAAAAGUUCACAAUAUGUUGUGAUUAUAAAUGUCGUGACUUUGCUUAUUGUUUACUACCGUCAAGUCAAUGGACCAGUAUUAUCGAUUAUUACAUGAGAUUAGUUCGUGAGUUCAUGGAUGAUCCCAUAAGUCAUCAUCCAUGUACAAACAACAAAUAUAUUCAUCAUAUUCUACGUUUACGCUCCUUAUGGAAAUACGGUUUACCGGAUUCAUUGGAAAGUUUACUUAUUUGUAGAAUCAAUGAGUAUAUGUUUAUGUUACAACAACCACCACCCUCAACGAAACAACAAUGUUACAUAACAGACUGUUGUAAUCCUAUGAGAAAUAUCAACACAUUGAUAAUCAAAAAGAAUAAUUCAUUUGUUUCAACAACAACCAUCACUAUUACUACUACUUCAACAGCCUCAUCAUCGUCAUCCACAUCUGUAUGUAGUUGUAGUCUACCAGUUAUGAAUAUGACUUAUUGUGAACACCAUACUACGCAACGUUGUACAUUUAAUCCGAGUGAUAUUGGUUGGAAAUCAACAGAAAUCACCGGUGGAUCCACGACCAUUACAACCACAACUACAUCUCGAUCAUUAUAUUCAUUAUCUUCUAAUAAUUUAUAUAACAGUAAUGGUAUUAGAAAUAAUACUAUCAAUAAAUUGACCAGGAAUUCAAAUCAUCAUUACGAUCAUCAUUUAGUAUCGUUAGGUAAAGCAUCACAGUCAUGUUCAAUUUGUGAUGAUCAGGUAAUCUUGUGUUCAGUUCCAAAGAAUCACAAGUCAUUCUCAAACAAGAUUCUAUUCACUAGUAAUGAGCAAUUAUCAAACACACAGUGUCUCGCGCCUUUUUCUUGUAAGCAAUGUCAAAAUCUUAUAAAAUCAGUGGAACCAUACUGUCAUAAUGAUUCUUAUUUUUCUUCAUAUAUUACUAAGCAACAAAAGGCAUGUGCCCAGUGUAUAACUUCACCUAUGAGUAAUACUACUCAUAUCACUGAUUUCAAUAAUUUGUUGCUUCCUACAUAUUUUUCCAAAAAUCAAUUUAAGAAUGGUAUUUAUUCUGAUCCUAAUUAUCUAUUGAAUGAUGGUUUAUUAUUUUCUUCUGUAAAUGAUCGUGCACUGACAAAGAAUAAAUCAAACUAUCACUAUAAUCUGUAUCGUUCUAAUGAUCAACAACACUGCCACCAUCGACAACAAUCGAGACGCCAACAACAUCAAUCAUCAGAUAUAUUCUACUGUCCUUCUAAUGAUCACAAAUUAUCUUCUGAGAUGUUAACAACAAAUUUAUCCAGUCCAUGUUAUAAGAAAGUUUUAUUGAAUGAUAAUGAUGAGGAUAAGAUUGAGAAAAAGCCGAUAUGUUGUCCCUAUGCAUCGUGUUCACAACAAACACUAAUACAACCAUCACCAUCAUUGUCUUCGGCGAUAUCUUUAGUGCAUUUAAAAAAUACUGAUGGUGAUCUUAGGGUUACGUUUAAUCAUAAUGAUAUUAGUAGCAGAAGCAGUCAUGCUGCUGUUACUGAAGAGCAAUAUGCAACCAGGUUAAUGAAAUUAUCCACCAAAAGGUACGAUGAUGAGGAUCGUUUACAUGAUACAGUUUAUUUGCCUUUAUUACUAACAUUACAAGGUAAUGUUAGUGACCAGUAUCAUCAUAAUAUGUCUUCAUCCUUUACAGGGAAAUCAGAUCUAUCUUCAGAUUCUACAAAUUAUUCUUCAUCGUCAUCAUCAUCUUCAACUAGUUUCCCAUCUCCAUUAUCAAGCGCAAGUAAUUAAUUUACAUCAUUGAGACUCUUUACUCUUCUCCAGUUUGAUGAUUCUUGUGUAUGUAGCUAAUGAUGUCCCGGUUCUCGUUCACUUUCUCCUAUAAUAUGUCUGUUAUAAUUCACAGAAAAAGUUUAUUACAAAAACAAUUUAAUUUGUCUCUUGAAAGUUGCUUCCAUACUUUGAUCUUAUUAUAUUAGUGGAAAAAUGAAAAGGAAUUUUAUACAUCAGUAGGCAAAUUUUUUCUAGAAAAAAAAUCCUAAUCCUUAUUUGUAAACAUAAAUUCACAUACGGUUACUUUCUAUACAUUAUUUUCAUCGUGUUUUUUUUGAUAGAUCAUUAUUUAUUAAUGAUUGCUUUCAACACUUAUUCUACUCUACAAUACACAUCAAACAUUUUACCGGCCUGAUUUGUAAUAUUUGUCUAUUAAAUCAAAUGAAUAAACAAUAUUAUACUUGUUCGGUUAUCAUAAUUUUCUAACAUGAUAUCACAUCCAUUUUGUGUGUAAUCAUGAGAGGUAUACCAUUUGUUAACCAAUCAAAACAUUUUAAAUUACAUAAUAUUAUUGACCAAUUAACUUCCAGUUUAAGCAUGUGUUGACCUGAUUGUAUUUCUCUCAUUUUCUAUUGGUUGAAUUUUUUUUAAGGACUGAAUCACUUCAAGAAAUAUAUUAUUAUGAAUAUAUUUUUUUUAGGAAAAUGUUCACAUAUGUGCAAUAAUGGAAUUAAAUAGCAUUUUUAUUUUCUAAAACAUCUAUACAAAAUGAGGUAACAGCAGUUAUUUUCAUUACUGUUUUAAUUUUCAUUUCUUUGUCUAUUGCCCUUUCGCUUUAUGUAACAUCUUCCUAGAAUUGUUGCCUUAUAAAUUACGAUACAAUGAACUUUAUAUGAUAUGUUAUCGAGUUGUUUUGUUUUUCUAAAUAGAUGUUUAGUAGUGAAAAAAAUACAAAGUUGUUUUGCUUAAUAGUUACUAAUAAUCUUAUUAUAUCAUUUAUAUUGCCACGAUCUUCUUUAUGAUAAUUCAGAGUAAAGUACGUUCCUUAAAUUAUUUAUUGGAUGAAGUGUUUCCUAGAUGAUAUGAGUACAUCGUUUUCUUCUUUUUGAUUUAAGAAUUUCUAAGGCAUAAACCUUACAAUCGGUUUCAUCUAUAUGGGUUCACAAAUCCUCCCGAAUCUUGAAAUUCAUUGUGAUUUUAUACUACUUUAAACCCUCAUCUAUUCUUUUCGAACUGUGAUGUUGGGUUUGUUACUAUUAUUACUUUUCUGUCGCUGCGUGGAUUUUAAAAGUGUGACAAUUCUCGAUGUGUAUUUGUGCGAGUUCUUGCGUUUCUUCGUAACUGGGUGCUUGAACACUGAUUACCACGACGUGCAAUGCUAACCGGUGUUCGGGAUGGUUGGAAAAAAGUUACGGGCGGCCAAACCAAAAUGUGACAUCAGUGCGUGAAGACACUAACUUCUAGUCUGAGCCACGUUGGUAGAUGCAGACUACUUGGUUGGGGUCCGCGUGACUAUCGUAAUCAAUGGUUGGAGACUCUUGGUGACAUGGCUCAGAAUCGAUCAUAAUGGCGUCAGUGUAUACACUCUCUGUCUUUCCUCAAACCGUGAGAUUAAAAUCGCUUCAUAUCUUCCUUUCUACGAACUAAUUCUUUCUUCUUGUAUUAUAUCCUUAUAUGCAUUUUUUCUUUUAUAUAUUACAACCAUUGAAUUAUCUAUGAAUUCGUUGUUCAUCUCGUUGUGCUAAUAAAGUGUGGCAACUUGGACUGAUGCACAUAUGUGCCUGGUCCUACGUUGUAGCUGACUGAC